AUGUUUGUCAUAAAAAAAGGUUUGACUGAUAUAGCUCUGGCAAUACUACAUCACAUAACAACCAAUGAAUUAUUUCAGGUGGAAUCUGAAGGGAGAUUUUUGAUAUACACUGUUGAAGUAUUACCGGAAGGCUGUUCUAACUCUAAUAUAGUGAAGGUGCUGCACAUGACAAGUUGGCCAGACCGUGGACUUCCAAUGAGCGGCCGACAUGUGCUGCGACUUAUACGGCAAGUCAAUGGUGACAAGCUGGACAAUGGACCUAUAGUUAUGCACUGCUCGGCUGGAAUUGGUCGCACCGGAACAAUCAUUCUCAUCGACGUCAUUUUGCGCAGAUUGUUCAGCGCUAGGGAAGUUGAUGUAUGUCAAAAUUUUCAGUUUACGUUUCCUUCGUACGAACGAUCUCCGGGAUGGUUUUCAGAUGGUCGACCUAUUCAGACAACUUCGAAACCA